CGCCGGCGGAGGUCGCGAGUUGGGGGGCGGGGCCGCCACGGACCUGGGAGCGGGCGCCCGGCACCCGAGGGGCCAUGGAUGGGCUCGGCCGCCGCCUCCGAGCCAGCCUGAGGCUGAAGCGCGGCCGCUGGGAAGCCUGUGUGAAUGGAAGGGCUGAGAGAGACCUGUGUGAAUGGCUGCUUCUGCAACCCAGAGGAAACAUUCCAGUUGUUUCCAGAACAAGGCUGAUAAUUGUGGCUGGAGGAGCUUCCUGGACAGUGAGGACCUGUGAGAUGCACAGCCGGCGUUCUGCUGCCUUCCUGGGUCCCGCCGCAGUCUUCUUGCUCAACCGUUGGGUGCACAGGAUGGAAACAGCGCUCCCCUAUUUGGAAGACAGCGUGUGGCUUGGCUGCAUAGAGUCAUUGCUGGAGACUGAACCGGCAGGACCUCCCCAGGACAAUGUGGGAGAAGUAGUGAAGGAACCAGAAAGAGCCUUGGAGCACUAUCUACCCAACUUUGCUGGAGGCCAGCACUUCUUUGAAUACCUCCUCGUGGUUUCUCUCAAAAAAAAGCACUCAGGGGAAGAUUAUGAGCCCACAAUCAUCUACCAGUUUCCCAAGCGAGAGAACUUGCUUCGGGGUCAACAAGAGGAGGAGGAGCGGCUGCUUGGAGCCAUCCCCUUGUUCUGCUUCCCAGAUGGGAACGAGCGGGCCCCACUGACUGAGUGUCCCAGGGAGACCUUCUCGUUCGUCCUGACCAACGUGGACGGGAGCAGGAAGAUUGGAUACUGCAGGCGCCUCUUGCCCGCCGGCCGUGGUCCUCGCCUCCCCAGGGUGUACUGCAUCAUCAGCUGCAUUGGCUGCUUCGGCUUGUUCUCCAAGAUCCUGGAUGAAGUGGAAAAGAGACAUCAGAUCUCCAUGGCCAUCAUCUACCCAUUCAUGCAGGGCCUCCGAGAGGCAACCUUCCCCGCUCCUGGGAAGACUGUCACCCUCAAGAGCUUCAUCCCUGACUCAGGCACUGAGUUCAUUUCCCUGACGCGUCCCCUGGAUUCCCACUUAGAGCACGUGGAUUUUAGGUCUCUCAUGCGUUGCCUCAGUUUUGAGCAGAUCCUUCAGAUCUUUGCCUCUGCAGUGCUGGAAAGAAGAAUCAUCUUCUUGGCAGAAGGUCUCAGCACCCUGUCUCAGUGCAUCCACGCUACUGCCGCGCUGCUCUACCCCUUCAGCUGGGCCCACACCUACAUCCCCGUGGUUCCCGAGAGCCUGCUGGGAACUGUCUGCUGCCCCACUCCCUUCAUGGUUGGAGUCCAAAUGCGCUUCCGGCAGGAGGUUUUGGACAGCCCCAUGGAAGAGGUCCUGCUGGUGAAUCUUUGUGAAGGAACCUUCCUAAUGUCAGUUGGUGAUGAAAAAGACAUCCUACCACCCAAGCUUCAGGAUGACAUCUUAGAAUCUCUUGGUCAGGGCAUCAAGGAGUCACGGACUUCUGAACAAAUCAAUGAGCACGUUUCAAGGCCUUUUGUGCAGUUCUUUGUCAAGACUGUGGGCCACUAUGCUUCCUACAUCAAGCGGGAGGCGAAUGGGCAAGGCCGCUUCCAAGAACGGGCCUUCUAUAAGGCUCUGACCUCUAAGGCCAACCGCCGGUUUGUGAAGAAAUUUGUGAAGACCCAGCUCUUCUCCCUUUUCAUCCAGGAAGCUGAAAAGAGCAAGAACCCUCCUGCAGAUUAUUUCCAAAAGAAAAUACUUGAAUAUGAGGAACAGAAGAAACAGAAGAGACCAAAGGAAAAGACUGUGAAGUAAGAGCCGUGUUGAACACAAGUGACUAGACCUAUAGGCCAGUAGUGGACUUUGACCCCUGCCAGCAUGGUAGGAUGUGAAGCUCUCAGUCAGUAGAAUCCACAGCCUUCUUCCGAGUCCUGGUAACCAGGUCUCGCUUCAAGUUGGUGUCUUGAGUUUGGGAUUCCUGAAAUCAGCUUUCUCGAGACUUUGGAAGGCUCUGACCUCUGUGCCCACAGAGCUGGGCACAUAGCUGCCUUUUCUGCAGAGGUGACACAGGGCAAGAGACAGUAGUAGAGGUGGUGUAGAGCCCCAGAAGUUUCUGGAACUGCCCUCUCCCAGGAAGCACUAUUACAAAAUCCUCCACAGAGAAACAAGCUGUCACCCAAAUGCUCAGUUUCUUCACACAUAAACAGAGGUCUGUGGACAUGUGAGGAUAAGAAUAAAGAUGAAAAUCUUC